AUGUUGCGAUCAGUGCCCCGUCGACUCCCUCGACGCUUCCCAACCCUCUCGGCCACGACAGCCUCCCCCUCCCGUCUCGCCCUGCGUUCUUUCACAUGCGGUUAUUCACGGAUGUCGGCGUCAUCGCUUCCCCCCGUCGACCCUCCUGUCUCAACGGCUCUGCCGGGCGAUGCAUUCCAGCUUCUGUCGACCGCCGAUAAAGCCGGUGCUGCUGAGGAUGCGUUGUAUGAACAGCAGAUCAAAGAUGUAGAGGCGUGGUGGAAAUCUCCCCGCUUCGAGGGUAUCAAGCGCCCCUACUCCGCCGCGGACGUCGUCAGUAAACGUGGUUCUUUGCAACAGACCUACCCCAGCUCUUUGAUGGCGCGCAAGCUAUUCAAUCUGCUGAAUGAGAGAGCCGCUGAGGGAAAGCCUGUUCAUACCAUGGGCGCGAUCGACCCGGUGCAGAUGACACAACAGGCCCCUAACCAGGAGGUUUUGUAUGUCUCAGGAUGGGCCUGUUCUUCCCUUUUGACCACCACGAACGAGGUGUCGCCUGAUUUCGGCGAUUAUCCGUACAACACGGUCCCUAACCAAGUGCAGCGACUGUUCAAAGCCCAGUCGAUGCACGAUCGCAAGCAAUGGGAUGCCAGACGAAAGAUGACUCCCGAGGAGCGAAAGGCCACUCCCUACGUCGACUACCUGCGCCCGAUUGUCGCGGAUGGUGACACCGGACACGGUGGCCUGUCUGCGGUCCUCAAAUUAGCUAAGCUUUUCGCUGAGAACGGUGCCGCAGCCGUUCACUUUGAAGACCAACUGCAUGGCGGAAAGAAGUGCGGUCACCUUGCUGGCAAGGUUCUUGUCCCCAUGAGUGAACACAUCAACCGACUCGUCGCAGCCCGGUUCCAGUGGGAUAUGAUGGGAGCCGAGAACCUGGUUAUUGCCCGUACGGACUCGGAGAGCGGAAAGCUGAUCAGCAGUGCCAUUGAUGUGCGCGACCAUGAAUUCAUCCUCGGUGUUGCAGAGGAUGUCGAGCCUCUCUCCGAGACCCUACAAGCUAUGGAGCGCGAAGGAGCCGCCCCCGCCGAAGUUGACGCGUAUGAAUUGGACUGGGUGAAGAAGCACAAGCUUGUCACCUUCGACGAAGCUGUGGAUGCGCAUCUCGAGGCCGAAGGUGCGCCUCAGGCCGCGAGGGAUGCUUAUAAGAGGCGGGUGCAGGAGAAUCCCGACCUCUCCAUCUCGCGUCGCAGAGCUCUGGCGAGCGACUUUACCAAGACCCCUGUCGUCUGGUCCUGCGAUAUCCCCCGGACCCGUGAAGGAUUCUACCACUACCGUGCCGGCUUCCCCGCCGCCACCAAGCGAGCUCGCGAAUUCGCUCCCUACGCGGACCUUCUGUGGGUCGAGACCGGCGAUCCGGACGUAGCCAAGGCCGCCAAACUGGCUGGCGAAGUGCGCACCGCCUUCCCCGGCAAGAAGCUGGUCUAUAACCUGAGCCCGUCCUUCAACUGGAUGGGCCACGGCUUCGACGAGGCAUCGCUGAAGUCAUUCGUCUGGGACCUGGCGAAACACGGAUUCGUGCUGCAGCUGAUUUCUUUGGCCGGCCUGCACACCAACGCCACGAUCACGACGGAGCUGUCUCGUGCGUUCAAGGACGAGGGCAUGCUCGCGUAUGUGCGUCUCAUCCAGUCCCGCGAGAAAGAGCUCGGCGUCGAUGUCCUCACGCACCAGAAGUGGAGUGGCGCGCCGUACAUGGAUGGCAUCCUUGGAGCGAUCCAGAGCGGCAGCAGCAGCAGCAAGAGUAUGGGUGAGGGCAACACCGAAAAAGGUAGGUAG